UAGGAAGUGCCAAUUCAAAAAUGGGAAACUUUCUGAAGUACUGUAGUUUUAUUUCAUUAUUAGUCCUUUUAUAUUCAUUGUACGUGAGAAGAGAGGCGGGUGAUGAAUUACAAACCAGGUUAAAUUCAGUGCUUGAAGGAUUGGUGAAGGCUGAAAAGCAGUUUUCCUUAAACCAGCACCCAAAAGUAGCGUUGGGUUACGGUGCAUGUCAGGACGUGUUUGUUGAUGCUAGACUUUUGUUGACAUAUGAUAGCAUUGCAGAAAAACCUGAACAUUUCAGUGAUAUCAGAUCAAGAGAUGAACUUCUGAGAUCCUACGCGUAUUUCUUCAGGCAUGGUGCAGCUGCGGAACGAUUUGUUUCAAAUGCGUCACUGUUUGAGGAGUUGGUGCAGGCAGCCUCAGCUCUGGAGGGCACACGCUAUGCCCUGGGAGGCAAUGCGCCUGUCAUGGCCUCUAGAUUCUACUAUGAAGGUUGUGAAGUUGUCCUGGCAGCACGCAUGUCUCUAUCUCUCAUGCGUAGUCUGCCUGAAGAUGUAAAAGUUUAUGGAGGGGAAAUAUCGAGAGAUGAUGUCCAUUUGAUUCUGGAGUACAAAGCAGGAGAGGUUUGGGGAAAGUACUCUUCACCUAGAGCAAACAGGUUUAUUGUCCACAAUGAUGUGACAAAUCCAACAUUGAGCUCAAUGGAAGGCUUUGAUGAAGUCCUGGACAGCUUUGAGCCAGAUCUGCUUGUAAUUAGUGGUUUACAAAUGAUGGACAAUUAUCCUUUUGAAUUUGGGGAACGAAUGCAGUUGCUGGCCAGAGUGCGGGAGCAGAUGCGCAGCCGUCCCGCUUCCACAAAAGUGCACUUUGAGAUGGCGUCUUUCAGUGAGCCUAAGAUGCUGCACGAUCUCACUAUGUACAUUAUUCCAUUUUCAGAUUCUCUUGGUAUGAAUGAACAGGAACUGACGAACCUGCAGCACAUCCUCCAGUUCGGUAACAUCAGUCUGGUGUCAGACUCUAACCCUCGAGUUGCGACAGUCCUCGACCAGAUGCGUCACGUGUUCAGGUUAGUACUGAGCAAGAGUAAGGGCUUCCGCGGCAACCGCCCUCUUACUCGCUUGCAUGUCCAUACGUUAGCUUAUCAGGCAGUGAUGACUGUGAAGGGCUCGCCAUGGCGCAACACGAUGGCAGCAGCCGCCAAGGCCUCACUGACGGCUCACCGUCACGUCUGUGCCUCCGAAGAGGUGGACAUUGGUAAAGCUAUGCUGAUAAUGGACGAGAGCUUCUCGACAUCUGUGGCCCCCGGCGGUCGGCGCGUCCCUCUGGACGUGGAGAAACCUGUGUCCUGUUGGGAGGAGGUGUUGGGGGAGGAUGAUGUCAGCCGGGAUGAUCUGCCAGUACCUCCUGUGCCUGUUGAGAUUUGCGUUGCGCCCGUCCUGGUCUGUACCCGUGCCCACCAGACUGCUGGAGGCGGUGACAACAUCUCGUCGGCUGGUCUGGUCCUCCAGAUUUGAAAUGCCUGUGGAAGUUGUAGGUGUUCGGAGGUUAAAGUUCCCUUUUUUGUUACCAUGUAAUACAUGCUGUAAAAGCUGCCGAGAUGAAAUGAUUGGUUGUAAAUAAAUGUCACUUUCUGUAGUUCAGAACUAAGACUAAUGCCCUUAGCAAAAUGUUUCUUUUCUGGUUUUCACAAAUUUGAAUUUCUCCUUGCUAUAUGGUAUUCCUGUACACUCACGCUUUAGGUCAACAAAAGGAUUGCAAAUUAGUAAAUUAAGAGAUGUAACUGCUGACCAGUACUUACCUACAGGGAGAGGAAUGUUUAGGACUACCAAUGCAUGACCAUGAAAGUAAAAUUUAUUACACUAUUUUUAGUUUUUGGAACUAUUACUCCCUUUCUCAGUAAGGGGAGGGGGAUAUGUUCGGCAAGACCGAGAAACGAAGGGAAGGUCGCUCAGGGCGAGAGGGGCCCACCUGCAUUUAGGAGGCGGGUGAUACACGUCCACCAACCUAUCGCUUUCUCCUUCAUGAGGAAGGAACUUGAAGUUACAGAAACUGAGACUGAAUCAUCAGUUUUGCUUUCAUAUGCAUGCAUCAACAGGAUUAAACAUUUCCCCUAAUCGAUGUAUAUACUACCCAGCAAUUCUGGCUCAUAAUUUAUCAGUGUUCUCAGCUGAAUUUUCCUUUUGUAUGAAAUAUUGUACAUCAAAAGUUAAGAGAGACAGUAGUAACACUGAUUUAUUUGGAGAUGUUUGCUCUGUUUGUUAAGCGGAAAGAUGCGCUGUGUAGUACAUUUCCAACUUUCCAGUUCUGAUGUGUUUUGGGACAACUAUGAGUGAUAUUUCUGAACUUACAAAAAAGACUGAUUACUAUUAUUUUUAUGGGGUAUAUUAACACAUACUUGUCAUUUAAUAUCUUUGGUUUGUGUGUGUGUGUGUGUGUGUGUGUGUGUGUGUGUG